AUGUAUUUGUUUGAGGAAGAGGAAGAAUUGAGUGAUUUUAGCAUCAAUCUGAUUGAUAUUGAAGAAGAAGGGGAGCACCACUCCUCUCCGCGUCACGUGUCGAACAGGUUUGCUCUCCUUAGUGAUGCACCCACUGAGAAACCUGAAAGAGCUCUGGUUAUAGGGGACUCUAUCAUACGGCACAUGAAAUUAGCUCAGCCUUUAGGGGCACCAGCAGCUUUAGUCAGGUGUAUACCGGGAGCCAGGGCGCCGGACAUAGCAGGUAAUCUUAGGGUCCUAGGCAAGCACAGGUUCUCAAAGAUAGUUAUCCAUGCAGGAGCUAAUGAUAUACGCCUUCGUCAGUCUGAGGUUACUAAGAGUAACUUUGUAGAGGUGUUUAAAUUAGCGAAGGCGAUGUCCGAUGCUGUAGUAUGCUCUGGCCCCAUCCCAAUGCGGCAUGGCGAUGCAGCUUACAGCAGGUUAUGGUUGCUGAACUGCUGGCUGUCCAGGUGGUGCUCUGAAAACAGUGUGGGCUUUAUAGAUAAUUGGGCUAAUUUUGAGGGCACUGCUGGCCUGUUAGGGCGGGACGGUAUCCAUCCCACUCGGGAAGGUGCUGCUCUCAUUUCCUGCAGCAUAGGUCAUAGU